AUGACUCAGACAAGCCCCACGGACAAGACCCAAGAGGUCAUAGAUGUUGAAGCAUUGAAGAAAGAAAUUCGUGAGCAAAUUUUAUCCGAACUGAAGGAACAAAAACAAGAACAAAAGCCAGAGAGACCAAAGAGAAAACUUAGUGAAAAACAACUUGCUGCAUUAGCUGCUGGAAGGCAAAAGAACCCAAGACUACUGGCGAAAAAAGCUAGAGAAGAAGCUGAAGCAAAAGCUAGAGAAGAAGCUGAAGCAAAAGCUAGAGAAGAAGCUGAAGCAAAAGCUAGAGAAGAAACUGAAGCAAAAGCUAAAGAAGCUGAAGCAAAGAAAGAGUAA